CUAAAAUCGACCAGGACGUCUGGUGCCGCAUCAGACCCCGAGGAAGAGAGAGAGAGAGAGGGGACGGGGAAAGCGGACGAAACCCUAGAGAGAGGAGAGUGACUGAGGAGCUUUUCUUGAGGUUAUUGUCACGGAGAUAUACUUGAGAUAGAAGUGGGGUUGGAGAAGUCAAUGACGCUUUAAGGUGCCCGAUCACUUCUGAUAACGAAAGGCAGCAGCUUCUGGCAGGUCAAAAAUUUCUCCAUUUGCAUUACUGAGUAAUGCCAGUUUAUAAGUGAGAGGAAGGCAAUGCGGUAGAGAAGCUCUGGAAGCGCACAGAGCAUUCAGGCCUUGGAGUUCCUCUGCUAUUUGCUUAGGAACUCCAUUUUUGUUUUAGGUUGGAUGGUGCUGGCCUGGUGGCAUAAAAACAUAGGAUGAUGAGGGAUCCUGUUAGAGUAGCAUUGUUUUCGAACUCCAUCUCUGGAUUUGGAUGCUCCGUCGAACACUAGAUGGGUUUUCUUUGCUCCGUUUUGAAGUUUGCUGCUCUACUUUUGGUUGUAUUGGUGUCGAUGAGAGCAAAUGCACAAGCACCGAACUCCUCUCGAUCUUUAGAUGCGGUUCUACAGGAUUAUGCUUACAGAGCUUUUGUGCGUCCCCGCACAGGUGUUAUCUAUGAUGCAUCCGUUCCUGAAACUAUCUAUGGAGUAAAGCUGUCCGUUGUAAGGCUUCGAAGUGGCAGUUUACGGGCCAGAGGAGUUCAGUUUUAUGAAUUUCAGUUCCCUCCUGGAGUUCGGGGGUGGCCUUAUGUAGAGAGACUUGCACUGGUUUACCAGAAUCUGGUUAACUGGUCUUCCUUUUAUUAUCAUGUUCCUGGUCAUACGCUAGUUUCUCCUGUAUUAGGCAUACUGGCUUAUGAAGCAUCAAAUCUGACUGCAACUAAUUUGCCUGAGUUGAACGUUGCUGCUACAAUGAGACCCAUUUCAGUUAACUUUUCAAGUACAACAAUUCCCAGUGGAUUAACGGCAAAAUGUGUGCGUUUUGAUUUGAAUGGUUCACUGGAAUAUAGUAAUCUUUCAGCACCAAAUACUUGCUCGACAUUGAAACAAGGUCAUUUCUCGCUAGUCGUUGAAUCGAUUGCUCCAGUUUCAGCUCCCUCUCCAGCUCCUUCGGAGGUUCCACCUUCACCCCCUCCAAAUCAAGUUCCGGCACCAGGUGGAGUGGAAUCUCAAGGAAAAAGUAGCUCAAAAUUGUGGAAGGUUACUGUUGGUUCCGUGGUUGGUGGGUUUGUUGUGGUGGCGGGUCUAGCAAUUUGUGCAAUUGCACUACUGAGGUUGAAGCGGAAAUCGCAGUUAGCAGCCAUGGAACAGCAGGCUGACCAAGGAGAAGCACUGCGUGUGUCAGAAAUUGGCAGUACUAAAGCCCCGGCUGCAAUAGGAACUCGAACGCAGCCGAUUUUGGAGACCGAGUAUGUUGCUUGAAUAUUACAAUGCACAUAAUUUUGGUAAGUUUUUUAUGAAGAAGCAAGAUUGCAAGAAGGAGCUGCUCUUAUGAAGGUCUUUCCAUGCUAUGGUUGUGGUAGUGGCUAACCGGCUGGUCCUAAAUUGGGUUGCUUCUUGGCUUCUUCUUCUCUGGUUUUGGGUGAUUUUUCAGCUUCCAUGUAUCCAAAAAGGGUUAUCUGGAACUGAUUAAGAUGGUUGCUUGAUUGAGAUCGAAGAAAAGAAAACUAAUGGGUCCUUUUAAAUUUAUAAUGGUAUUAUUUUUGUACAAAAUGAAGCAGUAGCCUCUGCAAUAUGUAGUCUGGUUGAUUUCAGCUAGAUGAAGUGCACCUGAAUCAUCAAAUUACCUGGUUCUGCGAUUUGCUUUGCUCCCCAGCUCUUGUCGUGGUUGUUUCUACAUCUCUUCCAUUUCUGGCAAGCUCCCAUUGUUGUCUAGUGAUGUUUGGUGUGGCUCCAGAAUUGAGGCCUCUGGUAUUUGUUUUAUUUUUUGUAUUGUUGGUUGCUCCGCUGGCCCACUGGGCCUGCACAGCAAAUAAAAGCUAGGAACUUGUCACUGAUUUUUCGUUGGCCUCAGUUGUAAUAAUCCACUAUUUGGUUGUAUUUCUUGAUUGUAGUACUUUCGUGUUGUAGUCAAUGCAGCUGUUUGCCUUCAUUCUUCAA